AUGCAGCUGCGUAGAAGCCAUUCUUUAUCGACUCAAGGCAGAACCAGAGCUACUCGGCCGCCAGCUCCCGGACCCUGGUCUCGUCAACAACCUCCUCUCGACUAUCAGACUGGCCUGACGGACGAUGACGAGACCGAAUCCGAUAUUCCCAGCUCUCCGCCAGUCUUGCCAUCGAAUUAUCCAGCUGCACCCCAGCACGUCAUACCUCUCGAAGAUGAGUUGGCCUACGAAGCCGAAGCCUUUUUUCAUGCUUCUCAAAGCAAGAUUGCGCGCCGAUGUCUUCACCAACUAUCGUUUGAGUCCUCUCGUAUCCAACAUAUGAGUCGUAUUGCUCAAGGCCACGAUCAGCGACUGCUCAAAGCCCAAGCUUUCAGCAUCUGGGCUGCCAAAUUACUUGAUCGACGUCAAGCUGCUGAAACAGAACAAUUCUUCGAACAAUACGAGCGCAGAGCAACUCGUGCACGAGACCUGUUCCUCCUUAACAAGGCUUUUACACAUUGGGCACAGUCUACGAGUGACGAGGUCGCUAGAACAUCUGUUGCUAGAAGACACAUUCUGCGUACCCGCUAUUUUAACGCAUGGCGUGAUAUCUCAGCCGUCAAUGACCUCAAGUGUCGUCGCUUGGGUCUGCGCAAGUGGUUCUCUGUCUGGAGGACAAAUGCUGCCCGCAAAGCCGUCGACAACGAGCGUGCUGUUGCCGUCUUUGAAGAAAAUCUCGUCCGAAGGAUCUGGUGGAAGUGGUUCUGGGCUUUCUGCGAACGAAAAGCUCCGGUUUGGCAUGACUAUCGUGCUAAACAGUCUUGUCUGCAUCGCUUGACCGGUGCUGUAACUCGUCUUCGACAGCAUGGAGCUGCUGCAACAAACAUGCGAAACAACAAUCUUCUGAGAAAGACCUUCAGCGCCUUGGUUGCUCGCAAGACUGCCAUCCAGUCACUAGAUCGAAGCGCAGAGGAGCAUCAUCGAGUCAAUCUGGUGAACAACUGCUUCCAUCAUAUAGUGCAAGAGUCCAAGUUGGGCCAUGCCUCGAAAGAGAUUUCUGCUGUCGUGUCGAGUCGGCUACUGACCACAGCCAUCUCAGUCUGGCAACUCAAUACUCAACUCACUCAACAAGCCGCCGCUGUAGAUCGGCGACGCAUCCUCCAGAAUGCAUGGACAAACUGGAACGACAAUUUGCGAGCUCGUGCACUUACUACGAAGAUCGAUGACCGAGUUGUGCUCGAGAACCUCUACAAGUGGGUCUUGCAGUCUCGACUUGCUCUCUUCCGACGUGUCAUGGACGCCAAACUUCAAGAACGUGCGUUGCAGACCCUGAGCUUGAGACUGGUUGAACAGUGCUUCCACCUGGAGGAAGCAGCCAUGAUCUUCAAAGAGCACAAGCGCAGACGAACGCUUGCUUCCGUGAUGCUGAGGUUCCAUGGUAUCUCACGAGCGGAAGAGAUGAUGGAACGACAAGCAAUUGAGUUCAGAAACACGCGCGUUAUGAAUGCUGUGCUGCCAAUCUGGACCCAACGAACACAACACUUGAUGAAACUAGAUCGAUGGUCAAAUGACGCUAGAUUCUACUGUUUGGCCAACAGCACUAUCAAAAAGUGGAAGGAUGCCACAUCACAAGCACAGCGCAACAAACGCAGAGAUGCCUAUGUUCAGAUCCGAGGGCGUGUCAAGCUACGUAUGGUCCGCGAUUGCUUUGCUGUUUGGAGGGAAAGAGCCAGUGUGGUCCGACAACUCGACGCCACUGCUCUCGAGCAGGUCAACAAUCGACACGUCAACGCUGGUAUUGCUAUCUUCAGCUUGUGGCGUGACAAAACUCAACAAAACAACCAGCUCUCGGUACAAGCUGAGGAGUUCUCUGCACGCCUUCUCUUCCUCCGCACGAUUGCUACCUUGUUAUCCAAGGGCCAAGAAGUUUUGCUGCAUCACGCGCAGGCUCUGACACUCCGCGCUCAAACCGUUGACCUGCUCGCUACUGGCACUCUCAAGAAGUUGAAGUGGGCACUCUUCUGUCAACGGCGCAAUCUGGACUCCGCGGCGGCGCUUGAACAACGUAAUUCGCAGCAACAUCGUAGGAACAUGUUGAGAUAUUGGGCCGAGCAAGCUUCGAGGCGAAGAGCCGCCAGAACU